AUGACCAUGGCCAUCAUCCUGCUGCACCUGUUCUGGGGGGUGGUGUUCUUCGAUGCCUGUGAGAAGCAGCGGUGGUGGGGGGUCGCAGCGGUCAUCCUGAGCCACCUGAUCAUCUCCUGCCUGAGCUUCCAGAACCCGGUGUACGUGUGGAGCCUGGUGCCCACGUAUGUGAUGCUGCUGCUGAUGGGAGUGUGGUCGUUCUACUGCGCUGGAGGUUCUCUGAGGAACCUCUCCAGACCUGCGGCACCUUCCAUCAUCCACACGGUCCCAGAGACGGUCCCAGAGACGGUCCCAGAGACGGUCCCAGAGACGGUCCCAGAGACGGUCCCAGAGACGGUCCCAGAGACGGUCCCAGAGACGGUCCCAGAGACGUCCUCCCCCUCCAGUGCACCUCCUCAGUCCUCCCCCUCCAGUGCGCCUCCUCAGUCCUGCCCCUCCAGAGCGCCUCCUCAGUCCUCCCCCUCCAGUGCGCCUCCUCAGUCCUCCCCCUCCAGUGCGCCUCCUCAGUCCUCCCCCUCCAGUGCGCCUCCUCAGUCCUGCCCCUCCAGAGCGCCUCCUCAGUCCUCCCCCUCCAGUGCGCCUCCUCAGUCCUCCCCCUCCAGUGCGCCUCCUCAGUCCUCCCCCUCCAGUGCAUCUCCUCAGUCCUCCCCCUCCAGUGCAUCUCCUCAGUCCUCCCCCUCCAGUGCAUCUCAGUCCUCCCCCUCCAGUGCGCCUCCUCAGUCCUGCCCCUCCAGAGCACCUCCUCAGUCCUCCCCCUCCAGAGCACCUCCUCAGUCCUCCCCCUCCAGUGCGCCUCCUCAGUCCUCCCCCUCCAGUGCAUCUCCUCAGUCCUCCCCCCCUCCAGUGCGCCGCCUCAGUUCUCCCCCUCCAGUGCGCCUCCUCAGUUCUCCCCCUCCAGUGCGCCUCCUCAGUUCUCCCCCUCCAGUGCGCCUCCUCAGUUCUCCCCCUCCAGUGCGCCUCCUCAGUUCUCCCCCUUGA